UUCCACUGGGUGGGUCCCAGCAUGGCCUUUUGGGGACACUGCUCUCUACUGCGAUGACGUUUGCAUUUGUGAGCUACUGGCAUGGCAGCUAUGAAGACCUCUGGUGCUGGGCAGCACUCAACUGGCUGGGAGUCACUGUGGAAAGUGGAGCCCAGAGGCUGUUGGAGAUGCCCUGCAUCCGGGAGACCUUGACCCGGUACCUCUCCCCGCAAGCUCGCCGUCGGCUGCACGCUCUGCUGGCCUCCUGCUCCACCUCUAUGCUGAUCCUGUUCAACCUGGUGUUUCUCGGGGGGAUUCACGUUGGACAAAUCUACUGGUACAGGAUCUUCCUGCAAGGGCUAGAGGUCAUAGUGAUCACGAUCCAACUGACAAAAAUGUGCUGCAGUGUUGGGGACAUAGCACUCUGGGGACAAAAAGGUGAGUGGCCGGGGUAGAUGCCAUAAGCUGAUUGUCACAGGAAACAGAACAUCUACUUACCCCGCUUUACCGUUCCCCCUUACCGUCUGGAUAAGAGUCUUCAGAGAGGAAGUGGCAUCAGAGGUAGACUUUUAAAGGGUGGGUGAGGACCAGAACCAGGGAUUGGGGCACAGCCACAAAUGCAGGGAGACAUAAUUGCUCAUUCAGGAGCUGGCAGCUUCUGGGGUUGGAUGGGAGACAAUGUGAGAUGAGGCAGGUGAAUAGCGAGAUGUGCUGAAGGGCCCCAGGAGUAAGAGCACCGGUUAAUGAAGGGCCCAGUGCCAUGCUGAGGACCUGGACCACGUCGUCAGUUCACUGGGGUUUCUCAUGUUGGAGCAAGUAUCUAUCUGGAUAGCAAGGGAAUCUAUACCAGA